CUACACCUGGUGGAAGUUUGUAUUAGUCGAAAUUUAUUAUGCUAUAACCCUUUGGAAGAUGUUUCCUACAAGUAUUUUGCGUAAUACUCAACUUGGUAACAUAAAAAAUAAAAAAAAAUAAUAAAAAAAUGUAGAUAGAAGUCAUGGAACCGUUGGAGUCAAGUUAUAUGUGUGUAAAAAAUUGAGCCGACCGACCUGAAAUAAAAUUAAAUAAAUAAAUAAAUAAAUAAUUAAAUAAAAAUCAAAUUUCGACAUAUAUGAACACAAUAAUUUAACACGAAUAAUUCAAAAUAGAUAUGAUCCGAAUUCAAUUUAAACACCGAUCGACACAUCAUCGUAUUAAAAAAAGCAUUUGCUCAAACACCUUCAAUCUGUCAAAAAAUGAACAUAGAAGAAAACCCAACCGAGUUGACCCACAGCCCGGACUGGGCCGGGUUAAUUCACGAGUGCUUAAUCAACAUCUUCUCGCGCCUGCCAUUAGAGGACAGAUGGAAGGGAGCUUUGCUCGUCUGCAAGCCAUGGUUGGAAGCUUGCAAAGACUCACCUUUCAUCAACAACUCGCUUGAUCUUGAACCUUACUUUAAGUCAUAUACUGAGUCAGCUCAUUGGUGGUCUACCGAAUUUGAGAGCAAGAUCGAUGCGAUUCUUAUAUCUGCAGUCAAUUUGAGUGAUGGGUUGUUGAAACGAAUCCGUGUUAGGCAUUGCUCUGAUCAUGCCCUCAUUUAUGCUGCUCAAAGAUGCCCAAAACUUGAGGUUCUUUCCAUCAAAAGCAGCCAAAGUGUCUCUGAUGCAACUAUGAUGGAGGUGACCAAGAGGUGCCCUAUGCUUAAAGAACUCGAUAUCAGCUUCUGCCAUAAGAUCUCUUAUAAAUCUCUACCAACAAUCGGGAGAAACUGUCCUCACCUGGAGGUACUAAAACGCAAUUUCAUGAACCUGCAGGAUUCUUCUCAACAUAGGGGAAUUGUACCAAAUGAAUACAUCGAUGCUUGCCCCCAAGACUUUGAUUCUGAAGCUGCUGCCAUUGCUGGAUCCAUGCCUAAUUUGUUGAGUCUCGACCUUAUGUUUUCUGGGUUGUCAGGUGAAGGCCUCGCUUUGAUUUCCAAAGGCUGCAUAAACCUUGACGUUAUGGAUCUGCGUGGGUGUCAUAACCUGACUACUCAAGAUAUUAUAACUGUGUUGCCUUUGGUGAUGUAAAAUACUUGUACUAAUUUAUGAUCUUCUGCAUUUUGUACUAAUUUCUUGGUGAGUUUUGUGAUCUACUUAAACUAAUAUUCAUCAACUUAAAAAGUUUGUGACACUAAAUACAAUGUUCAAUUCUCUCUU